UGCGUGUAAUUUGGUUCAUUUGCCGUGGGGUUUUAUCUAAAUGACCAAACGAAGUCGACUUCUAUAUUCAGAAAAACUUACAUAAGAAAAUAUAGAUGUCAAGAUGUUACAGUGGUGUUCACAGAUGAUAUGUUAAUCCAUGUGAGUCCCGUCUGUAUGUGAAAAGCUGUUUGAUCAGAUCCAAAAACGAGUUCUGAACGGAAAAGUUCUCAAAUUUAACAGUUUUCGCGUGUAUCUGUUACCCCUAAUUCAAUUUUUCACCUUCAUGACAACAUUGCACUUGUAUUUUUGGAAUAUUUAUUUCUGAAAUGGAACAGAAGUGUAAUGUAGGACUCCCAAUCAACGUUGGAUUCAUAGGAGCGGGAAAUAUGGCUAAAGCUAUUGGUGAAGGAUUGACACAUUCAGGAAUGAUUAAGCCAUCACAGCUGUAUAUAUCUGCUCCUUCAGAUAGGAAUCUAGAGACCUGGAAAGCCCUAGGAGCCCAUACAUCACACAAUAAUGGUUUUGUUGUGGAACAUUCUGACAUAGUUUUCAUAGCAGUAAAGCCACAUAUACUGGACUCAGCAAUAGAAAACAUGAAGGCAACCCUGGCCCAGCUAGUCCCCACUAAACUGUUUGUGUCUGUACUUGCUGGUACAACUUUGGAAGUGUUAGAAAAGAAACUUUCUGAGGUCGUCACUGAAGCCAGAGUAAUACGUGUGAUGCCAAAUACUCCCAUGAUGGUGGGAGCUGGUGUCUCAGUGUACUCAGCUGGAAGAAGAACCACUUCUGAGGAUUUAACUAUGAUUGGGAAUAUUUUGUCUGUGGGAGGAAUUAGUGAAAUGGUUCCAGAAUCUCUGAUUAAUGCAGUUGGGGCAGUUACUGGUAGUGGACCUGCUUUUGUGUAUAUUAUGAUAGAAGCCUUGUCAGAUGGAGCAGUCAAGAUGGGCUUACCACGCAGCAUGGCAUUGCAGUUCUCAGCUCAGACUGUGUUUGGUGCAGCAAAGAUGGUGCUCCAGACCAAAAGUUUGGGCUCCACCAUCACUGGUGUCCAUGCCAUGGAAUGUGGAGGAGUCAGAAGUGCUUUAAUGGAUGCUGUAGAAGCUGCUGCUAAAAGGUCUGCAGAAUUAUGUCCAAAGUAGUAGGACUGUAACAUUCAAGAUGACAGCUCCGUUCGUGUGUAUUCCACACAUCUGGAAGGAUCUGUUGGAAAAUAUUGCUGGCAUUUUGUCAUGAGUCGUUUGAGACCUUGCAGAUAUUUCCUCUGGGUCUCAUCAUUCAUCACAUGUGCUACAUUUUUUGAGAAGAUUUUUUCACGUCCUGUUCUGGCAUGUAUACCAACCAUAGUGACACCAAUGGGCCAUGGUGCAUUGCCUAUAGCCAUUUGUAGAUAUGAGUCACUAGCCUGCAAGUAUAAAAUAAAAACUGAUGUGAAAAUCA